CUUCCGUCUCCGAAGCGUAAAAACCAAAGGACUCUCAUUUCCAUUCAUUCUUCUCGCUACGUGGAUGAGGAGUGACUUCAUCAUUUCAGCCUUUCUUUUCCUCGUUUUUCCCCCAAAAUUGCAGCUUUACCAGCAAAAGGAUGACAUUGUGAUGAAAAGUCCGGAUUUUUACGUAUUGUGUUUUGUUUCCCUGUGAUACAUUGGGGAGGAAGCACCUUUGACUGGAGUCAUCUUUGUUCCUCUUCUCGCAGCUGCUGACUGUAGCCGCCCGAGAGUGGGGAAAUAGGUUAGUGUGCCUGUUCGGUGCCUGGCAGCAGCUGAUGGGAUUGAGAGUUCGGUGCACGGAGGAGAUGAAGGGGAAGGGGAUGCCUUUUCGGUGGUAGCGCUUCUGCAUCCCUGUGACCGCUGGAGGAGACUGGUGACUGGAAUGCUUCUGCUCAACUCCAGCCUUUAGUGGGAGUGUCAGCAAGGCAAAUUCAAGACAGACAAAGGAGAACUGCACCUGAGGCGGCAGAUUACAAGGCGCUUGUCAGGGAUUUUACAAAGGUCUUGACCUUUGCAUCUACUUUGCGCGGACACCAUGGACAUCAACCUUCAGUCUCACCGGUUUUAUAUUCCCCAGAUCUACUGUGCGGAUCCGGGGUUGCAACCACAGCUUGCUGAGUUCAAAGUCAGCGAGCAGAGCAUCUGCCAGGCGCGGGCCUCGGUCAUGGUCUACGAUGACACCAGCAAGAAGUGGGUGCCCAUCAAGCCUGGACAGCAGGGAUUCAGCCGCAUCAACAUCUACCACAACACUGCCAACAACGCCUUCAGAGUGGUGGGCGUCAAGCUGCAGGACCAGCAGGUGGUUAUCAACUACUCCAUAGUGAAAGGCCUCAAAUACAACCAAGCCACCCCGACCUUCCACCAGUGGAGGGACGCCAGACAGGUCUAUGGCCUCAACUUCGCCAGCAAGGAGGAGGCCACCACCUUCUCCAACGCCAUGCUCUUCGCCCUCAACGUCCUCAGCGCUCAGGAUGGAGGUCCAGCUCUCCAGCGCCAGGUCCAGAACGGCCCGACUUCAGAUGAGAUGGAAGCUCAGAGAGCAAGGCAGAUGAUGGAGCAGCAGCAGCAAAUGCAAGCGCACAUGGAGCGGGAACGACGGUCCUCCAACUCAGGUUCUCCUUUCCAAGGUCACCCUGUGGUGCUCUCCGUGGCCCCGCCUGUAGUACCUCCACCUGUGAACAUGGGCGGGCCUCCCCCGCCUCCGCCCCCGCCGGGCCCGCCGCCUCCGUCAGCAGGAGCGCCCCAGCCUCCUCUUCCUCCCCCGCUGCCUUUAGGAGGAGGCAGCCAGGGGGACGAGCCUCCUGCAGCCGCGGGCCUCGCCGCUAUGAUCGCUGGAGCCAAAUUGCGACGUGUCCAAAGACCUGAGGACAGCUCUUCAGGCGCCAAAAAUGAUGCCAACCGAACAAGUGGGGGGAGCGGGGGAGGACUGAUGGAGGAGAUGAACGCUCUGCUGGCACGAAGAAGGAAAGCGGCUUCGGAGAAGCCUGAGGACGGCCAAAAUGAUGACCCAAACUCUGCGUCACCCAGCGCUCGAGGUGGACAGAAUGUGACAGACGGUGCAAAGAAACCCUGGGACCGAGCGAACUCAGCAGACCGGUCGAUGGUUCCAAGGGUUCGGCCUGCAGGGGGCAGCAGCGACACAGACUCGUUAGACCUCGACAGGAUGAAACAGGUCAAAUUAACACACACAGCCGUUUCCUAUUUUAUUUUGGCCGUCUUUUCCAAAAGUUCAUUGAAAGGAAAUCCUGGACGAGGUGUUCCGUGAAUUGCACAAAGUGAAGGAUGAAAUCAUUGACGCCGUUAGACAUGAACUCAGUCGAGUUAGCACGACAUAAUCUUUGAGAGCUGCUCGCAGACAUGAACCACUUUUUCAAAGCAUCGCCCCUGCAGCAGCUGCCGUGGCCCUGAAGAGGAGGAGGAGGAGGAGGAGGAGGAGGAGGAGUCGGGACCAGGGGCCCAAACUUUUACAUCUGCUCUUCAUGUUCAGCUGUGGUGUGGAAGCAACGCGCCGACGUUGCAGUGACACCUCGGACGUCUCUGUGUAACAUUU